GAGCGAGCGCGGCGCAGGGGAGCGCGGCCCAGAGGCGGCGGCGGCGGAGGCAGGAUGGAAUGUUCUCUGCAUGUCCUCUUGAUCCUGUUAAUCCAGGGAGCGAUCUUCACCAGGACUUAAUGUGGAAUCUGACCAUACUAAAGGAAAUGUAACUGGAACUGAUCUGAUGAUAAAACCAAGGUCCUUCAGACAAGAUCACGUAGGAGGAAACCUUGCUUCCAAAUGAAGACACCGACAUUCAGACUUUCUACUUAUUCAGAGUUGUUCGUGUAAUUGACCUUCAAUGAGGUGAGAGCCCCUGACUCGUACCAUCUCUGGGUACCCCGCCCGCGCUCCUGCACUCCCCGGAAGCUGCCCUCUGGAGCACUGCAUUUGACCACAUCUGCUUUGAAGACUCAUUAUGAACAAAGAAGUCUCCCAGGUGUGAAGUCAACAUGAGUGGCCUUGGGGACAGUUCAUCCGACCCUGCAAACCCAGACUCACAUAAGAGGAAAGGAUCGCCAUGUGACACGCUGGCGUCAAGUACUGAGAAGAGGCGCAGGGAACAAGAAAAUAAGUAUUUAGAAGAACUAGCUGAAUUACUGUCUGCCAACAUCAGCGACAUUGACAGCUUGAGUGUAAAACCAGAUAAAUGCAAGAUUUUGAAGAAGACAGUAGAUCAGAUACAGCUAAUGAAGAGAAUGGAGCAAGAGAAAUCCACAGCUGAUGAUGAUGUGCAGAAGUCCGACAUCUCAUCGAGCAGUCAAGGAGUGAUAGAGAAGGAGUCACUGGGCCCGCUUCUUUUAGAGGCUUUGGAUGGAUUUUUCUUUGUUGUGAACUGUGAAGGAAGAAUUGUAUUUGUGUCAGAAAAUGUGACCAGCUACUUGGGUUACAAUCAGGAAGAAUUAAUGAAUACCAGCGUCUACAGCAUACUACAUGUGGGAGAUCACGCAGAAUUUGUCAAGAAUCUGCUGCCAAAAUCACUAGUAAAUGGAGUUCCAUGGCCUCAAGAGGCAACUCGCCGGAAUAGCCACACAUUUAACUGCAGGAUGCUAAUCCACCCUCCAGAUGAGCCCGGCACUGAGAACCAAGAAGCUUGCCAGCGCUAUGAAGUAAUGCAGUGUUUCACAGUGUCACAGCCAAAAUCAAUCCAAGAAGAUGGCGAAGAUUUCCAGUCAUGUUUGAUUUGUAUUGCUCGACGAUUACCUCGGCCUCCAGCCAUUACAGGUGUAGAAUCCUUUAUGACCAAGCAAGAUACUACAGGCAAAAUCAUCUCUAUUGACACUAGCUCCCUGAGAGCUGCUGGCAGGACUGGCUGGGAAGAUUUAGUAAGGAAAUGCAUCUACGCUUUUUUCCAGCCUCAGGGCAGAGAGCCAUCUUAUGCCCGACAGCUGUUUCAAGAAGUGAUGACUCGUGGCACUGCCUCCAGCCCAUCCUAUAGAUUCAUAUUGAAUGAUGGGACAAUGCUUAGCGCCCACACCAAGUGUAAACUUUGCUACCCUCAAAGUCCUGACAUGCAGCCUUUCAUCAUGGGAAUUCAUAUCAUCGACAGGGAGCACAGUGGGCUUUCUCCUCAAGAUGACACUAAUUCUGGAAUGUCAAUUCCCCGAAUAAACCCCUCAGUCAAUCCUGGUAUCUCUCCAGCCCAUGGUGUGACCCGUUCAUCCACGUUGCCACCACCCAACAACAACAUGGGCUCUGCCAGAGUAAACCGCCAACAGAGCUCAGACCUCAGCAGCAGCAGCAGUCAUAGUAACUCUAGCAACAACCAAGGGAACUUUGGAUGUUCACCUGGAAAUCAGAUUGUAGCCAAUGUUGCCUUAAACCAGGGACAGGCAGGUUCCCAGAGCAGUAAUCCCUCUUUAAACCUCAAUAAUUCUUCUAUGGAAGGUACAGGAAUUUCCCUCGCACAGUUCAUGUCUCCGAGGAGACAAGCUAAUUCUGGCUUGGCAACAAGGGCCAGGAUGUCAAACAAUUCAUUUCCUCCAAAUAUUCCAACAUUAAGCUCCCCAGUUGGCAUUUCUAGUGGUGCCUGUAAUAAUAAUAACCGAUCCUAUUCAAAUAUCCCAGUAACAUCUUUACAAGGUAUGAAUGAAGGACCCAAUAAUUCUGUCGGCUUCUCUGCUGGUUCUCCAGUCCUCCGGCAGAUGAGCUCACAGAAUUCACCUAGCAGAUUAAGUAUGCAACCAGCUAAAGCUGAGUCCAAAGAUAGCAAAGAGAUUGCAUCCAUUUUAAAUGAAAUGAUUCAGUCAGACAACAGUGCUAACGACAGCAAGCCUCUGGACUCAGGACUUCUGCAUAGCAAUGACAGACUCUCCGACGGAGACAGUAAAUACUCUCAAACCAGUCACAAACUAGUACAGCUAUUGACGACCACUGCAGAGCAACAGUUACGCCACGCCGACAUAGACACAAGCUGCAAAGAUGUACUGUCUUGCACUGGUACUUCCAGCUCUGCCUCCUCUAACCCCUCAGGAGGUACUUGUCCCUCUUCCCACAGCUCUCUGACUGAGCGGCAUAAAAUUCUGCACCGGCUUUUACAGGAGGGCAGCCCCUCAGACAUCACCACUUUAUCUGUAGAACCCGAGAAGAAGGACAGUGCGUCAGCUUCUACUGCGGUGUCAGUGUCUGGACAAGCCCAGGGGAGUGCCAGCAUAAAACUAGAACUGGAUGCUUCAAAGAAAAAGGAGUCGAAAGACCAUCAGCUCCUACGCUACCUUUUAGACAAAGAUGAGAAAGAUUUAAGGUCCACUCCAAACCUGAGCCUGGAUGAUGUAAAGGUCAAAGUGGAGAAGAAAGAACAGAUGGAUCCUUGUAACACAAACCCAACCCCAAUGACCAAACCUGCUCCCGAGGAAGUUAAGCUGGAGUCCCAGAGCCAGUUUACAGCUGAUCUUGACCAGUUUGAUCAGUUAUUGCCCACACUGGAGAAGGCAGCACAGUUGCCAAGCUUGUGUGAGACAGACAGAAUGGAUGGUGCAGUCGCUGGUGUAAACAUCAAGUCGGAGAUCCUGCCAGCCUCACUUCAGCCCACCACUGCCAGAUCUGCUCCCAGGCUGAACAGAUUGCCUGAACUAGAACUAGAAGCAAUCGAUAACCAGUUUGGACAACCAGGAGCAGGGGAUCAGAUUCCAUGGGCAAAUAAUACUGUGACGGCAAUAAAUCAGAGUAAACCAGAAGACCAAUGUAUUAGCUCACAACUGGAUGAGCUCCUCUGUCCUCCAACAACUGUAGAAGGAAGAAACGAUGAGAAGGCCCUUCUGGAACAACUGGUGUCUUUCCUCAGUGGCAAAGAUGAAACGGAGCUGGCCGAGCUAGACAGGGCGCUGGGGAUCGACAAACUUGUCCAGGGAGGUGGAUUAGAUGUAUUAUCUGAGAGAUUUCCACCACAGCAAGCAACACCACCUUUGGUGAUGGAAGACAGACCCACCCUCUAUCCCCAGCCAUACUCCUCUCCCUCUCCUACCGCUGGGCUCUCUGGCCCUUUCCAAGGCAUGGUCCGGCAGAAGCCUUCACUGGGGACUAUGCCGGUUCAAGUAACGCCUCCUCGAGGGACCUUUUCGCCCAACAUGGGCAUGCAGCCCCGGCAGACGCUAAAUAGACCUCCAGCUGCACCCAACCAGCUUCGACUUCAGCUGCAGCAGCGGCUACAGGGACAGCAGCAGUUGAUGCACCAGAAUCGGCAAGCUAUCUUGAACCAGUUUGCAGCAAAUGCUCCUGUAGGCAUGAACAUGAGGGCAGGCAUGCAGCAGCAGAUCACACCUCAGCCACCCUUGAAUGCUCAGAUGCUGGCACAGCGCCAACGGGAGUUGUACAGUCAGCAACAUCGACAGAGGCAGAUUAUACAGCAGCAAAGAGCCAUGCUCAUGAGGCACCAAAGUUUUGGGAACAACAUCCCUCCUUCAUCUGGACUCCCAGUUCAAAUGGGGAACCCCCGUCUUCCUCAGGGUGCUCCACAGCAGUUCCCCUACCCGCCAAACUAUGGUACAAAUCCAGGAACCCCACCUGCUUCUACCAGCCCUUUCUCUCAACUGGCAGCAAAUCCUGAGGCAUCCUUGGCCCCCCGCAGCAGCAUGGUGAACAGAGGCAUGGCAGGGAACAUGGGAGGACAGUUUGGCACUGGCAUCAGUCCUCAGAUGCAGCAGAGUGUCUUCCAGUAUCCGGGAUCAGGACUGGUUCCCCAAGGCGAGGCCAGCUUUGCCCCGACGCUGAGCCCUGGGGGAUCCAUGGUGCCGAUGCCCGUCCCCCCUCCGCAAAGCUCUCUGCUCCAACAAACCCCACCCUCCUCUGGGUACCAGUCACCAGACAUGAAGGCCUGGCAGCAAGGAGCCAUGGGAAACAACAAUGUGUUCAGUCAAGCUGUUCCGAGCCAGCCUGCACCUGCACAACCAGGAGUGUACAACAACAUGAGCAUCACCGUGUCCAUGGCAGGUGCAAACGCCAACGUUCAGAACAUGAAUCCAAUGAUGGGCCAGAUGCAAAUGAGCGCUCUGCAGAUGCCGGGGAUGAAUGCUGUGUGCUCUGAGCAGAUGAAUGAUCCAGCACUGAGACACACAGGCCUCUACUGCAACCAGCUCUCGUCCACUGACCUUCUCAAAACAGACGCAGAUGGAAACCAGCAGGUGCAGCAGGUUCAGGUGUUUGCUGACGUCCAGUGUACAGUGAAUCUGGUAGGCGGGGACCCUUACCUGAACCAGCCUGGUCCACUGGGAACUCAAAAGCCCACGUCUGGACCACAGACCCCCCAGGCCCAGCAGAAGAGCCUCCUUCAGCAGCUACUGACUGAAUAACCACUUUUAAAGGAAUGUGAAAUUUAAAUAAGAGACAUGCAGAGUUAUACAAAUAUAUUAUAUAUUUUUCUGAGAUUUUUGAUAUCUCAAUCUGCAGCCAUUCUUCAGGUCGUAGCAUUUGGAGCAAAAAAAAAAAAAAAAGAAAGAAAGAAAGAAAAAAAAAAAGAAAAAAGUACACUUGUUGGGAGAUUGAGAAGUGGUGUUUUUUGUUUCCUUCUUUGUAAAGGCCUUGGAUAUUGAAAAGAAUAACAAGGCAAAACAGUUGGACAAUCUUAUUUCUUGAGCCAAAAGUUAAUUAUUCUUAUUUUUAUAAUCAGUCAUUGGCUUCUUAUCUGGAUGAAGGCUUUUGGAGGGAAACCAAAAUAACAAGUUCGGAGGGGAAGAGGAAGGCCCACCUCACAGGCUCAGCCCUGUCCCUGCCCUGGAAGAAGAGCCUGUGGGGCCUUGCCUCUCUGUCCACCAAAGGCUGUCCUGCUCCUCCCACCACAGUCCCCCUCCCCUGACCCAGGCAGCUCGUGUGUACAAUCAGCUUCUUCAAGCAACUCUGUAUCUGUUGGCAUCAAGAGGAUAUUUUGCAUCUACAUAUGCACCCCUUCUCCUUUUUAUAAAGAUGGAUGUAAACCAAGAUGCCUCCAGGAAAGAGGAUGAAAGGAGGAGAUUCACCAAGGAAUCCAAAAUGCAGUUUGGGGGAAAAUGCAAUAAUUUUUGAUGAGAUGGGUGAAGGACAAGAACCGAGUUCUAUCAAUUAUUGUAGAUACGAUUUUCUGAUUAAGUCUGCGGGGAAGGCAGCCUGUUCUUUCUGCUUUUACUCUGUUAACAGCAAGGUAGCUAAAGUUAUUUAAAAUAAAAUUAAGUUUAUGAUCCGAGUAGCUUUUUUUUCCUUAAAUCUCACUGUAAAUAUAUUUUGAUUUCUUGUAGAAAUUGAUUUUGUUCUGUUUUAAUUUUAUGCUUUUUUUCAUCCUCUUGGUUUUUCUAAAUUUGUGUGUGAAAUAUAAUGUUGAUUGAAUUGCAAUUACAUUUGGCUGGUAAUUUCAUUAUCCCAGUAACUGUGAAGCCAUGUAUGGAUUUACUUUGGGUCUCAUCAAAGUGGCACCGCUGGAAAAGAGCUAUUGUAGCUGAGCUCGAGGAGACCACCCCAGAGUGUCCGGGCUCAGCUGAUCAAAGUGCACAGGCCGCUUGUGUGAAGGGAAGUCAGUGCUCAAAGAAAAUCUCCUUUUUUUUUU